AUGAAUUUACCAGAGGACAUGAUCUACCUCGUUCUAUGCCGGCUUCCAGUGAAGAGUCUCCUAGGAUUCAAGUGCGUCUCCAAGCAAUUUUGUUCCAUGAUCGACAGCGAAAACUUCAUCCAAUUUCACCUCAGAUAUUCUGUCGAAAACAACACCGAACCCAGCCUCGUUAUUCAAGAUAAAAAGAAAAUCUGUUCUGUCAACGUCGUUGAUUCUCCCACCUGGCAAACCAGGGAGCUUGAUGCCCCGUUUGGUUGUUCCAGGACCAAAAUCUUGGGUUCUUGCAAUGGCUUGAUUUGCGUUCUAAAAUCCGCCAUCUGCAGUGAACCUAAUUUGUCGGCUUUGUACAGAACAUUGCCUAGGAUGUACAACAUCUUACCCAAGAUUGCCUUCUGGAACCCCUCAACAUCGAACAAGUUCCAUGUCCUACCGAUUGAUCCAAUCGAAGUUCGAGGACUUAACUACAGCGGCUUCGUUGAUGUCCAACAUGCUUUCGGACAUGAUUCUGUCAACAAUGACUACAAGGUUUUGAGAAUUGUAAAGUUGUAUAACGAGCUUGAUAGUUUCAUCAUUAAAGUUAGGGUUUAUAGCCUGAAGACUAAUUCAUGGAGAGAAAUUAUUGCACCCAGUCAAGCUAAUGAGAUAAUGACUGUAAAUCGAUAUGUUCGACGAUAUGUGCUGGUACGAGAAGCUUUUCAUUGGUUAAUCAAAGCACAUGAACCAAAUAUCUGUGCGUUUGAUAUUCAAGGAGAGGAAUUUUGCACUGUGCCAUUGCCCAACUUUGGAGUUCCACAGGGUUGUUUCAACAUGAAUUUGGGUGUCUUGGGACAAUGCCUUUGCUUGGCUUCUACUCGUGGCCGCGAGAACAUCGUCAUGUGGAUGAUGAAGGAAUAUGGAAGGAAGGAUUCAUGGGUUAAAUUGUUCUCACUUCCGAGAGAUUCUCCAGCAGGCUACGUUCUAUAUACUGUGCCUUUAGCAGCAUAUUCGAAGGAUGUUCAUGACCUUGACCAUGAGAAGGUUCUCCUGAAAUUAGUGACGCAGUAUGGAGAAAAACUUGUACGUUCUGAUCGGAAGAACAAAAAAUCCGUUGUCAAAAUUCUUGGUCUCCAAAGGGAAACUCAACUCUUUACUUAUGUUGGAAGCCUUGUCUCUCCCUUCUCCAAUGAUGGAAGCAAGACUAAAAACAAGAAGAAAAGAAGAAGAGAUGAAAACGCCUAG